GGGGAGGCGCUGUGGCGGCCGCUGGGAGGCGGCGGAGUUGUGGCUCUGGAGCUCAGUUCGGUGGCGCACGGGAUCCGGGGGCGCAGCAUGGGCAGCGGGACAUGAGGUUGCCCGAGGGCUGCAGGGUGAGGUCCCAGCAUGAAGCCGCCGGAGAGCCCGGACAGGAACGGCUACGUGCGGAGCUGCGUGACCCCGCUGAAGCCGGACCCCCCGGGCGCGGCGCUCGGGCUGCGGGCGCUGUGCGGGGCCGGGGCGCUGCUGGCGGCGGGGGGCUGCUCGGUGCUGGGCUGGGCGCCGUGUCUGCUGCAGGCGCUGAGCCCCCUCUUCAGCCUGGGCUGCGCCUUCUUCUUCCUCAGCCUGUACCUGGCGCGGGCGGGCGGCUCCGGGGCGCUCUGGCUGCUGGCGCUGCCCGUCUGCUGCUGCUGCUGCGGGGACGCCGUGCUGCUGCUGCCGGGCGCCGGCGAUGAGCUGCGGCUGCUGCUGGUGCUGGGCUCCGUGGGGCUGCUCAGCCUGUGGCGGGGGCUGAGGCUGCCGCACGCCGUCCUGCUGCUCCUCUUCUCCGGCCUGGUGUGGCUGGUGUCCCGGAGCAGCCUCAGCGCCCUGCCCCACGCGGUGAGAGCCCUGGGCGGCUGCCUGGUCGGGCUGGCCGGCUCGCUGCUGGCUCUGGGCUUCAGCAAUGGCUUCCACCUCCGAGAGGCGCCAGCGAGGAGCCCGGCGGCCAUGCUGGAGGACAAGGUGCCGGUGAUCAGGCCUCGGCGGAGGUCCAGCUGCGUGUCCCUGGGGGAGGCGAGCGGCUACUACGGCGGCAAGAUGUCCCGGAGACCGUCCCUGCCGUGCAUCUCGCGGGAGCAGAUGAUUCUCUGGGACUGGGACUUUAAACAGUGGUACAAACCCCAAUACCAGAACGCUGGUGGUGGGAACGGCGUGGACCUGUCUGUGCUGAACGAGGCGCGCAACAUGGUGUCGGAGCUGCUGGUGGAGCCGUCCCUGUCCCCGCAGGUGGUGUCCUCGCUCCGCAGCAUUAACAGCCUCAUGGGGGCGUUCUCGGGCUCCUGCAGACCCAAAGUCAACCCCUUCACCCCCUUCCCCGGAUUCUACCCCUGCGCGGAGGUGGACGACGCCAUGGACAGAGGCGAGCGCAAGUUCCACAAGGGGCUGAACAGCCGCAGCAGCCUACCCACCCCUCAGCUUCGCCGCAGCUCCGGGGCUUCUAGUCUGCCGCCCAUGGAGCUGUCGGCUUCCAGGUGGGAGAGAAGUAACGGGAAGAGAUCUCAUCAGGAUUACAACGCCUCCAGUCAAGGAUCUUAUCCGAAUGGGCCCUUCAGCGCCAACCUGCUGACAAUACCAAAGCAGAGGUCGUCGUCUGUGACUCUGACCCCCCACCUGGGCUCCAGGAGAGCUGGUACUUCUCCCAGUCUGAGCCCGGUGAACUCGCCCAGUCACAGUUCCGCGUUCAGCCGCUCGCCUGUUGAGUUCCCAGACACUGCUGAUUUCCUCACAAAACCAAGUGUUACGUUACAUAAAUCUGUGGGUCACCCUUCAGGUUCUCAGGACUCCCCAUUCCGACCAUCCACAAGCCAUACGUGUCACAGUUGUGAUCACAAGAUUUUUAAAUCUACUUCAAACUCAGAAUCACCGGACGGCGGCGCAAAACCCUGUGCGGAGAGUCCUCUGCGGAGAUCAGGUGAAAAUUCCGGCGUCCAGGCUGAUCCUUUGCACUUACCGGACAGGACGCAGGAAAAACGACUGCAGGGCGACCGCAAGACACUGACUGAGGACGACGAGGAACCACCAGGACCAGCACGCUCCGACCGACGGUCAGAGAUCGAGGAGGAGUCGGCUCUGGAUUUGCUGAUCGAGGAUCAGGACGAGUUGUUGCAGAAAAUGGAUAAUUGGAAUUUUCCGAUCUUUGAUCUUAUGGAGAAGACGGGAGGAAAAUGUGGGCGGAUCCUGAGUCAGGUCUCCUUCACCUUGUUCCAUGAUACAAGUUUGUUUGAAAUCUUCAAAAUUCCUGAACGAAAAUUCAGAAAUUUCUUCCAGGCUUUAGAGAGCGGCUACCGGGACAUUCCAUACCAUAAUCGGACUCACGCCACGGACGUCCUGCAUGCGGUUUGGUUUCUCACCACGCGGCCGAUCCCUGGUUUCCAGGAGUUGUCCAGCGAUGAGGCAGAAUCGGACUGUGGUGUCAGUCACACAUACUUGUCCUCGAGAAGUUGUCAGAUCACAGAUGACAGUUAUGGCUGCUUGGCGGCGAACAUCCCGGCCCUGGAGCUGAUGGCUCUGUACGUGGCGGCUGCUAUGCACGAUUAUGACCACCCUGGUCGCACAAAUGCCUUUCUCGUGGCCACGAAUGCACCACAGGCCGUUCUGUAUAACGACAGAUCCGUUCUGGAGAAUCACCAUGCCGCCGCCGCCUGGAACCUCUUCCUCUCGCAGGCGGAUUACAACUUCCUGACGUAUCUGGACCACGUGCAGUUCAAGAGGUUCCGGUUCCUGGUGAUCGAGGCGAUCCUCGCCACCGACCUCAAAAAACACUUUGAUUUUCUGGCCGAGUUCAAUGCCAAGGUGAACGAUGUGAAUAGUAACGGCCUAGACUGGAGUAAUGAGAACGACCGGCUCCUGGUCUGCCAAGUGUGCAUCAAGCUGGCGGACAUUAACGGCCCGGCAAAAACCCGCGAGCUGCACCUGAAGUGGACGGAAGGCAUCGUCAAUGAGUUCUAUGAACAGGGGGAUGAGGAGGCGACUCUGGGAUUACCCAUCAGCCCCUUCAUGGACCGCUCCUCCCCACAGCUCGCCAAGCUCCAGGAGUCCUUCAUCACACACAUUGUGGGGCCCCUGUGUAACUCCUACGAUGCUGCCAGCCUGCUCCCCGGGAAGUGGGUAGACGAGGAUGACGAGGUGACGGAGAGUGAUGAUGAUGAAGAGGAGGAGGAGGAAGAUGGCGACGACCUGGACACAGAGGAUGAAGAAGUGGAAGAGAUCGGACAGAAGCUGAAAAGAAGGAAAGGGCGGCGGAUGUUCAGCGCCAUCAUGCAUCACCUGCGGGAGAACCACAAGGCGUGGAAGAAGGUUAUAGAGGAAGAGGAGAAAGCCAAGGUGGACGGUGGCAAAGCACAGCAGAGCGAGGGCUCCUCGAUGUCUCCUUCAGACGAGAUCCAGGUGAUCGAGGAGGCGGAUGAAGACGAGGAGCGGAUGUCUGCCGAGGAAGGGCUGAGAACUGUCCGCCAUGACUGUGAUGCUUCACCUACCUAGUAGGCCUGAUAACUGUGAGGACCCGGCUCUCCGGCGCCCCCUACUCUGCACUUUCACCACGUCUAGACGUUACCCAUUGUACGACUUGUGCCCUGAUUGGUAUCCUGGUACCAUUACCGAUGCUGCCUGGCGCUCCGCAACCACGGUACAGUCACCUAGAACGACCAAAGCCGCCGCGAGGCUGGAGCAGAAGACUCCGCUCCGGGUUCAUCCUCGUGCCUCGCCCAAGUUUUUGUGUUUUUUUUUUUUUAUUGUAGUUGGAACUGUGCCUGUGACAGAGCUACGGCGGCGUGGACUGAAGGUUACUUCAUGGUGCGGUCCUCCUAACCCGUGCGGCUCCGUCUGUCCCAAAGACUUAAACCACACAUUAUUCAGUUUUUUUAUGAUUGCGGACGCGUCGUUUUCUGAUGCCUUUUACGUGUAGAAUAGCGAUCAGCGAAUUUCCGCUUAUGAAAUUCAUUCAUACGUUUGUAGGCAAAAGGUGAAUUGCGUUAUGGAUUCCGUUACCAAGGACCAU